GAAGGGUCCCUUCCCCAGGUUGCCCAGGGACUUCCGGAGCCCGACCGGAACCGGAAGCUUCUGGGAGCGAGUGGGUGGGGGCGGAAAAUUUUUUAAAAAGCGCGGGUCAAGUUAGAGGACCGAGCUGUGGUAAUCCCGAAGCGGGACUGUGGCGGGUCCUGAUGGACAACACCGCCUGCUUGAAGUCCUUGCUUCUGACCAUUAGUCAGUAUAAAGCAGUUAAGUCGGAAGCGAACGCCACCCAGCUUUUGCGGCACUUGGAGGUAAUUUCUGGACAGAAGCUCACCCGAUUGUUUACAUCAAAUCACAUACUACCAAGUGAAUGCUUAAGUUGCCUUGUAGAGCUACUUGAAGACCCAAACAUAAGUGCUUCACUGAUCUUAAGUAUCGUCAGUUUGCUAUCUCAACUAGCUGUAGACAAUGAAACCAGAGACUGUCUUCAGAAUACGUACAGCCUGAAUAGUGUGCUGGCAGGAGUGGUUUGUCGGAGCAGUACUUGCCACAAUGAUUCAGUGUUUUUGCAGUGCAUUCAGCUUCUGCAGAGGUUAACAUAUAACGUCAAAAUUUUGCAUUCUGGUGCCAAUAUAGAUGAAUUAAUUACAUUCCUGAUUGAUCAUAUUCAGUCUUCUGAAGAUGAGUUGACAAUGCCUUGUCUAGGAUUAUUGGCAAAUCUUUGUCGGCACAAUCUUUCUGUUCAAACACACAUAAAGACUUUGAAUAAUGUGAAAUCUUUUUAUCGAACUCUUAUAAGCUUCCUGGCCCAUAGUAGUUUAACUGUGGUUGUGUUUGCACUUUCAAUAUUAUCCAGUUUGACAUUAAACGAAGAGGUUGGAGAAAAGCUGUUCCAUGCUCGAAACAUUCAUCAGACUUUUCAACUAAUAUUUAAUAUUCUCAUAAAUGGUGAUGGCACACUAACUAGAAAGUAUUCAGUUGAUCUACUGAUGGAUCUUCUUAAGAAUCCUAAAAUUGCUGAUUAUCUUAUCAGGUAUGAACACUUUUCUUCAUGUCUUAAUCAAGUAUUAGGUCUUCUUAAUGGAAAAGAUCCUGAUUCUUCUUCAAAGGUUUUAGAGUUACUUCUUGCGUUCUGUUCAGUGACUCAGCUGCGCCAUGUGCUUACGCAGAUGAUAUUUGAACAACCUCCAUCUGGCAGUACCAUUCUGGGAAGCCGUUCUAAGUGUUUAGAACCUCCUGUAGCUCUACUUCGUUGGUCAAGCCAACCUUUGGAUGGAUCAGAAAACUGUUCUAUUUUAGCACUGGAGUUGUUCAAGGAACUAUUUGAGGAUGUCAUAGAUACUGCUAACUGUUCCUCAGCUGACCGUUUUGUGACCCUUCUGCUGCCUACAUUCCUUGAUCAGCUUCAGUUCACAGAACAAAAUCUAGAUGAGGCUUUAAUAAGGAAAAAAUGUGAAAGGAUGGUCAAGGCCAUUGAAGUUUUGUUAACUCUGUGUGGAGAUGAUGCUCUAAAAAUGCAUAUUGCAAAAAUUCUGACGACUAUCAAAUGUACCACUCUGAUAGAGCAACAAUUUACAUAUGGCAAGAUUGAUCUGGGGUUUGGAACAAAGGUAGCAGAUUCUGAAUUGUGCAAACUUGCUGCUGAUGUAAUUUUGAAAACUCUUGAUUUGAUGAACAAACUUAAACAGUUGGUUCCUGGUAUGGAAGUAAGCUUCUACAAAAUCCUUCAGGAUCCUCGCCUGAUUACUCCCUUGGCUUUUGCUUUAACAUCAGACAGUAGAGAACAAGUACAGUCUGGAUUGGGAAUAUUAUUGGAAGCUGCUCCACUGCCAGAUUUUCCUGCGUUAGUGCUUGGAGAAAGUAUAGCAGCAAACAACACCUAUAGACAACAGGAAACAGAACAUAUGCCCAGAAGAAUGCCUUUGCAAUCAUUGAAUCACAGUUUUCCAACAUCGGUAAAAUGUUUAACUCCUCCACUUUUGAAAGAUAGAGUUCCUGGAUUGAACAUUGAGGAAUUAAUAGAGAAGCUUCAGUCUGGAGUUGUGGUAAAGGAUGAGAUUAAUGAUGUGAGAAUAUCUAACAUAAUGGAUGUAUAUGAGAUGAAACUAUCCACGUUAGCUUCCAAAGAAAGCAGGCUACAAGAUCUCUUGGAAGCAAAAGCUCUGGCCCUUGCACAAGCUGAUAGACUGAUUGCUCAAUAUCGCUGUCAAAGAACUCAAGCUGAGACAGAAGCACGGACACUUGCUAAUAUGUUGAGAGAAGUUGAGAGAAAAAAUGAAGAGCUUGGUGUGUUGCUGAAGUCACAGGAGGUUGAAUCAGAAAGAGCCCAGAGUGAUAUUGAGCGUCUCUUUCAACAUAAUAGGAAGUUAGAGUCUGUGGCUGAAGAACACGAAGUACUGACAAAAUCCUACAUGGAACUUCUUCAGAGGAAUGAAACUGCUGAAAAGAAGAACAAAGAUUUACAGGUCACGUGUGAUUCUCUAAAUAAACAAAUUGAGAGUGUGAAAAAGUUGAAUGAGUCACUCAAGCAACAAAAUGAAAAAACUAUUGCCCAUCUAAAAGAGAAAGAAGAACUGAGAAAAGAAGUACAGAACCAACUGGUAGACAGAGAAUGUAAGCUAGCAGACCUGGCACAAAAAAUAAAAGUACAAGAAGAAAAGAUUGAAGUCUUACAAAGAGAAACGGAAGAUAAAGAAGAAGCCAUUGGUGUCCUUAGAAAAGAGUUAAAUAGAACAGAUCAAAUAAGAAAAGAAUUGAGCAUUAAGGCUUCCUCCCUAGAAGUUCAGAAGGCUCAGUUAGAAGGUCGUUUGGAAGAGAAAGAGUCCCUGGUGAAACUUCAGCAAGAGGAGUUGAACAAACACUCUCAUAUGAUAGCAAUGAUCCACAGUUUAAGUGGUGGGAAAAUAAAUCCAGAAACUGUGAAUCUCAGUAUAUAGAUAUUAUGUAUUUUUCUACUGGGAAGGUGGGGUAGGAAAGGUAAUUUGUGACUCCAAAACAAGAGCAAAUUAUUAUCUAAUUAUUAAUUUAGUAAAGAACCUGAUCUGAUACAUGUUUUUAUUUGGUCUUAAAGUUUUACUUCUUGUUUCUGGAUUUUAUUGCUUAAAGCUUUCUUUGGUUUUUACUUCAGAAUAUUCUUCUUAGCCUCCAUUAUUGUUUUUUCUAAGGUGUUUUCUUUUUCCUUAGUUGCUUUCCACUCUCUUCUGCUUGUUUAAUUUAUUCUCAUUUGUGAUUAGAUUUUUAAAAUCAGAUGUCAGUGAAUUUAUUUUUCCUUCUACUUUUAUUGAGAUAUGAUUGACACACAGUACUGUAUGAGUU